AUGCCUGUUCCCUACACCGCGUCAUCUCCCGACCUCCCAGAACCUCUUCUAGCCACUUUGUCACACCUUUUGUCCGACUCUCCUCCUCCCAUCCCUGUUGACCCGCCCGAGAUCCUCACCCGCGACAGCUUGGCCACUUACCUGGAAGCUAUGGACCGCGCACAUGAAACUGUACAACGUCAACUCUCUGCGAUCGACAGGCUUCGGCAAGACAUCAGAAGCUGUGUUGAAAAACACACCCAAGACCCUGGCCCAAGCACGAGUGGUGGUGGUCAAGGAGGGCAAGGAGAAGUUGUCGCCCCGCCGAAGGCCGAGCAAGAGCCUGAGGUACACGCGCCUAGGAAAGAAGAAGAGGCCGAGGGAGGAGCCGCCGGAGGAGCCGCAGAGGUGUAUGCUAACGUUCAUGACGGAGCUGACCUUGUAGAGACAACAGCAAAAGUACCAAAGGAAGACAACCACGCCACGGGGGCCGCGGACGAUCAUCACGGGGAUCAGAACACCUCCUCAAGAUCAAGGAACGGCUCUUCUCAACCUCUCCACCCCCUCGCCGACGACCGAACUCAGCGUUUGCAAGAGACGAAUACGGCUUCGCGCACGCCACCCCAGAACAAGGAUAUCCAAGCCAUACAUCAUGAUCCCAAGUACAUUCGUGUGGGAGAAAGACUAGCUGACGCCAAUAGUGCCUGGACUCGCUCGGUCAUCGCCGUUCAACUGGCCUUCGAAGAACUCAAGAUAGCAACCGAAGGUCCGGCCCCAGAAGGAUCAAACCGGGACGCCGCUUCCUUUUCGGAGCUCAAGUCGUAUUCGAAGAAGCUCUCGACGCUUGUCAGACAAGAGGGAGAGAAAUUCGAAGAGACGGUUGGUGCGGCCUGUACUCGUUCAGACGUGUGGCUAUUUGUGGGGACAACUGUUCCACAAGUGGCUACAAUGAUACUGAACGUUGUCAACAACGCCCUCGUCCUCCGCGGCCACUCUCCUGCUUGGAUACAAAUCUCGCUAGGGGUGACCUUAUUCUUAUCCCUCCUGGCUGCAUAUUUUGCGCUGACAGAUAGAGACAUCGAGUCUUCAAAGAUUUUACGGCAAGUGAGAUUCGGGCUGAUAAUGCUGACAUCGUUGGCAGUGGUCAUACUAGACUGGGUUCUCUUCAAGAAGCACCCCUAGUAGUUGCGACCUUCAACUAGACUUCUGGGAUCAUCGAGCUUUGAAGAGGGAGGUGCUGGAGAGGAAAAGAUAGAUUGGCAGUGAUCAGGAAGAUGAUCGAAGAUGUCGAGCAGCGCACCGAAGACGAUAAGCCGGCUUGGUAUAUAAGAGGAAUACACUCUAACAGUCUUCAGUCUGCACUCGUACAUCCACCCUGACAACCUCGCACCAGACCCGCCCGCCAACGAAUACUCCACCGCCUCUUAUCUCUGCAGGUAUCAGCUUUCUCCAACGAGAUAACCUCGCUCGACUCUGAGAGGCUUGGGCUACAGCCAAAGAUCAGUCUCUUCCCGAUCCAAAUCCUCGACCCUUCCAUCCUGCUAUACACUAUAGUUGCCGUACCACUGCCCAUACCCGCGAACCCCAAAGACCUACUUCGAACCGCUCCCCCUUUCCAGCCACGAGAUCGCUGCCGGUCUCCACUAUCGCCGCCGGUCUCCACUAUCAACUCCUCACUCCCGCCUACUCCCCCACCUGCUCCGCCUGCGCCAACGAGUCCGACCCUGUUCACGACGAAGUUUGCCGCCUGCGCGAGACGUGGUUUAUCCGACGACACGACUCUAUCAACAGAGUCCUUCACUCCUACCUCUCUCGCGUCGCCGAUGCCACCGUCUCCCUCGAACCAUCAACUCAAACUGGGCGAAGGAGGAACGACCUUAGGGUGCGAGGAGGGGGAGGAGAGCUGAGGAACGUCGACUACGAUCUGAAGGUCCAUGGGCUGGAAGACAAGAGCGUGUAUGUGGCGGAUGGAGGGAAGCCAAGCGGUGGAGUGGAUGGACUGGGUACAGGGAAGGAUCGUGGCGUGGCUGAGUAAGAGGGACGCGGAAGUUGUGAAGAAGCAGCCGAAAACGCCCCCUUGUUCUUUCUGCGGGCGGCUUGAUGAAUGAGGAGACGGCGGUAGAGUAGAGGAAUUGGAGGAAGUGUAUGGAGAAGGAGGUUUGGCACGGCUUGCAGAGCAGGGUGGGGAUAGAGCUAGUGAAGGCGAGGGCGAGGACUUUGUGGAUGUGAGGAGA